AUGUCAACCAGUGUUUUGGCCACUUUGCGUAAAUCAAUAACCGCACAAUCUUCUUGGGCAGAUAAAGAUGAAUUCCUUGAUGUCGUUUAUUGGAUUCGGCAAGUGGUUGGCUUUCUCACUGCCAUUAUUUUGGGAAUUAUUCCGAUAACAGGUGCUUAUGGAAUUUUAUUAUUCUUCGCUAUAAAUUGUGCAUUUGUGUAUUUCUAUUCAACCACAUUUCAAACCGUGGAUGAAGAGGAAUUUGGCGGAUAUUCCGAAAUCAUAAAGGAGGGCUUAAUGACUUGUUUUGCGACCUUUUUAGUCGUUUGGAUUGUCAUCUAUGACACUAUCUACGGCUCAAAAUAG